AUGAGUUCUCUCUUCAACAGAAGCCAACCCAAGUUCUACGAGAACAGACGUGAAGUGGACAAUGCUGCUCUGCACCAGCUGUAUGGCGGCUGGGGCAAGGCCGUGAUGCACUUCGACAACCUCACUUCUGCCGACCAUCUGCGCCGGCUGACGUGUUCUGCUGAGCCUCCUGACGAUGACAGCGUCUCGACCUCCGUCGUCCUGCGCGUUGUCGGCGAGCUCCAGGCGCCGGUCGUGACGGAGGUUUCGUCUGCGGCGACGGCAGUGGAGCUGCGGUGUGAUGCCCAGGACCUGGAGGAGCACCUGCAGCUGUGCUGGUACCGCGGCUACCAGAGGCUCUUGUGUCAGGAAGAUUCGCCUGUACUCUCGAUAGGAAAUGUAUCGCUGUUUAUCACUGAGAACCUUUGCAACGUGGAACUGACGUGCAAAUAUCAGCUGAGGAAAGAUUAUGACGCACUGAAAGACCGAGUUAGUGACGUGCUCCAGAAGACGUUUGCAAACGCCGCAACAUCAUCAUACUCAGUGUGCCGAGACUUACCUGAGGAAGACAAUCUUGCUCUGGCUCAGCCUCCAGAUAAUGUUGCAGUCCCAUCAACACCAACUAUGGAAGCUGUGAUUUUGACCAGCGAAGCUCUUCUGAAGGGUCCGUCAUCUGAAAAUCUCGAGGAGUUUUCCGAUGUAGAAUCUUCAGUGUUCUUUGAUUGUUAUGAAACUCCUGAUGAGGAAAGUGAAGCCUCUGCGCAGUCUCGUGAUGUUGGUGGGUAUUGA